AUGGACAACGAGUCUGCCAGUGCCACCCCACCCAUGGUUGCCGUCAAGGCUGAAAUUAAGUCUGAGCCUCGCACUCCAAAGGUUCAAUGGGACACCAAUGAACGCUGGACAGAGCGCCUAAUUGAAUAUCUCACAAACCACCUUGAUGUUCGACUGAAAAUGUUCAGUGAUUCUGUCAAGGAUGCAAGGAAGGAGUCACGGAAAAAGGUUGUUGGUAGCAAACCCAAAGUUGAAUAUUACCAUGAGAUAGCAAAGGCUGUCUUUGAUGUCGAAGGGGAACCGGAUCAUGGCGCUUAUUUAAUGGAACCUGAGCGCUAUGCAACCUCUGUCUUAGGUCGGAUCACUUAUUUACAGAAGACAUACACCGGAUAUCGCAAAAUGCUACAGCAGACCGGUGAGGGCCUCAAAGAUGAGGAUGAGGAUAAGAAUGAAAUGCACAGAAACCAGCUAGAGAUGAUUGGUGCAUCUUUCCCAUGGUGGAACACACUGCAUGGAUGGUGGUCAGAGCAUCCAAAAUACGCAUUCCAGAUGGUAACAAACUCAACAAGCGGCACUGGGAAGAUGCAAGUUGCUGCACCCAUUGAGACCAAUACCUCCCAUCCACCUUCACCACCAGCCAUUGUAAAUGCACUGCUUUCCCAUGUCAACUCACCAAUUUCUUGGGCCGAACCACCACCUCAGGUUGACAUGGGACUUCUUAAUACAGACACCACCCUUUUUCGCAUGGAGUCGCCCACUGGUUUUCCACUCUCCCUUCCAGACUCGCAGCUCCCUGAUGUCAAGCCAGGGAUUAAUGCAGAAGACUCAAGUCAACCCCAGGGCCUGCCACACUCAAGUCCAAGGUUGACUUGA